AUGGCAACACCUCCCGAGCAGCCUUGGACUAAUCGAGAGCGGAACUACCUCCUCGCGGAAAUCAUAAAAGCAGCCGAUCCACCUGCGGAAAAUCUAUUCAACCUAAUCAGAGUACUUAAUGUGCAGCCUCGUUGGGAGGACAUUCCACUACCCACGGGCCGAUCGCUGAACUCCAGCCGAAAUGCAUUCGAAGACUUAUGGAGGUCAAUGUCUUCACAGUCCAUGGUGGCCCCUCAUACUCCAACGCCACUGUCGAUGCCCGCACAACCGAUCAAGAGACCAUAUCCGUUCGAUGGAAUGUAUUCGACUGGAAGCAGCGCUCGCGCCAUUCGGCCAAGACCGGCACAAUCAAUCACUACCUAUCCUCAGACCACGAACGAACCUCCCGCGAAGAAGAAACGUGGACGUCCAACAAAGGCUGAGCAGGCCGCGAAGGAAGAAGCAAAGCUUGCUGCGGUGGCCGCAGCAGCGACGGCAAGUGGCGAAUCGGCCUCUGCGCCAAUAUCUCGACUGGCCACACAAACCCCAGCGCCAACUCAGGUUCCCACGACCAUGACCACCCACUCCGAAGAAGUCAAACCUUUGAUGCCUGCAGCUGCUAGGAUGCCCAUCGCCGCUAUGCUUACGCCGACGGCCCAUGAACCUAAAAGCGCAAGUAACUCGGGCGGCUCAUCAUCCUCUGGCAAACGACGUCGCGCUCGAUCAAACAGACUGGAGGCCGAGGGAGGUGGGAACAUGUAUGGACCGUCUCACGGGAGGAUGGAUCCCGAACCAGACGACUCUCCCGCCAGGACUGCAGUUCUCCGGCAUCGCGAAGAGUCUUCGACCGACGCACCUCGCAUCGAUUCGCGAGAUCUGUCUGGAGAAGCAGACAAUUAUCCUCGAAAUCCAAGUCCGCAUUGA